AGACCAUGUUGAUAUUUAAACUUAAACCUACUGCAGACAUUUUUCUAGAAUUGAAUCUUUUAAUCUGAACUCUUUUUUUCUUUCUUUUUUCUUUUUUUCAUUUUGGGGAAUUUUAGCUCCUUUUUACCUGGGAAGCUUCUCUGACCUCCGUUAAAAUUGACAGACCUAAGUGUGUGAGAAUUCUAGCAGUGUGUGUGUGUGUGUGUGUGUGUGUAAGAUUAAUACCGGUGUGCUUUUGUAGUAGUGGCAGCUAUGAGGACACCAUGGUUGGUAGUACUUGUGUUUUUGAGCUUGGCAGCCUUUGCCUGGGCCAAGAAGGGCCUGGAGUUCCCCCGCUAUGAUGGCAAGGACAGAGUGUUAGACAUAGACGAGAAGAACUACCGCAAAGCAUUGAAGAAAUAUGACAUGCUCUGCCUGCUCUACCAUGAACCAGUGCCGACCAACAAGGAGCUGCAGAAACAGUUCCAAAUGACUGAGCUUGUGCUGGAGGUGGCUGCUCAGGUCUUGCAGGAAAAAGACAUUGGAUUCGGAAUGGUUGAUUCUGAGAAGGAUGCCAAGGUCGCCAAGAAACUAGGUCUACAUGAAGAAGGCAGCGUGUAUGUUUUCAAGGCAGAGCGUGUAAUUGAGUAUGAUGGACUACUCUCUGCAGACAUCCUUGUGGAGUUCCUGCUGGAUCUGUUGGAUGAUCCGGUUGAGAUCAUUGACAAUGCUUUGGAGCUGCAGGCUUUUGACCGCAUGGAAGAGGAUAUCAGAGUAAUCGGCUACUUCAAGAGUCUGGAGGCAGAGUAUUUUCUGGCUUUCCAGGAAGCUGCUGAACAGUUCCACCCUUUUAUAAAGUUUUUUGCCACCUUUGAUAAAUCUGUAGCGAAAGAGCUGACUCUUAAGAUGAAUGAAGUAGACUUCUAUGAGCCCUUCAUGGAAGAACCAGUCACCAUUCCAGACAAACCCCAUACUGAAGAGGAACUUGUGGCUUUUAUCACUGAGCACAGGAGACCAACACUAAGAAAACUGAGACCUGAAGACAUGUUUGAGACUUGGGAAGACGACCUGGAUGGUUUUCAUAUUGUAGCCUUUGCAGAAGAGGAGGACCCAGAUGGUUAUGAGUUCUUGGAGAUUUUGAAAGAAGUUGCACGGGACAAUACACAUAAUCCUAACUUGAGUAUGGUCUGGAUUGAUCCUGAUGACUUCCCUCUGCUUCUUCCAUACUGGGAGAAGACAUUUAAAGUCGACCUCUUCAAGCCUCAGAUCGGAAUAGUUAAUGUGACAGAUGCUGACAGUGUGUGGAUGCAGAUAGAUAGUGAUGAUGACUUGCCUUCUGCUGAGGAACUAGAGGACUGGAUAGAGGAUGUACUUUCCGGAAAGGUCAACACAGAAGAUGAUGAUGAUGAUGAUGACGAUGACGACGAUGAUGAUGACGAUGAUGACGAUGAUGAUGACGAUGAUGAUGAUGAUGAUGAUGAUGAUGAUUAACCUCUAAACUUGAAUUCUCUGGAACCAAAACUUAAGCAGUUUUUACUCGCUCAGGGACAUCUAGAUCCUGAGCACCUUAAUAUCAUAUUCAUUUUGCACAUUUUUGUGCACAAGCUCUAUAAAUGUCAAACUUUUAUGCUCGUAAAUGAACAGAACUCAGUGUAACCUAAUGGCAGCAUUGAUUUAUUUGACAUAUAAAUAACUUAACCUGUUUAGACUGAAUAAAAAAAUAUUUCAAAUUA